CAAUAAUUACGUAGUAAUAUAAUGAAAAAUAAUAAUUUGUGAUGUGAACUUAUAAAACCUUUAUAUUUUAAUAAAACCAACAUAAAAGGAUAAAAAUUGUGAAGAGGAAAGACGACUUAGAAAUACAAAAUGGCUCAAAUAGAGGAAGUUAUGAUCAAAUGUGAAAUAAUAGAGAUAUCUGAUGAUGAAAAAGAAGAUAAAACUAAAAAAAGAAAACGAAGAGUAACUGUCAAAAAAGAUCCAAUACCAUGUGACCAGUGUAACAAGACCUUUCAAACUGGUUAUGAACUUAAAAAACACCAACGAACACAUACUGGUGAAAGACCUUACAUGUGUACGGCUUGUGGGAAGACUUAUACCCAAUUGGGACAUCUCAGAAUACACGUUCUAUCCCAUACGGGGAAAAAAAACUUUACCUGUAAAGAAUGUAGUGCAGCAUUUUAUAGGAAAGCAGAUUUAGAUCGUCAUGAAAAAAUACAUAAAGGUAUUAAACCGCAUCAGUGUAAAAUAUGUUCGAAGAGUUUUACACAGAAAAAUAAUCUGGUGAUGCAUUUCAAAAUGCAUGUCGGAGAUAAACCGCAUAAAUGUUCAGUUUGUACUAAAAGUUUUAUAACAAGAAGUAAAUUAAAUCAACAUUCAAAGAGACAUGAAAAGGGAAAGAUAAAAGACGAAGGUUAAAAGGUCAA